CAAUUCUGUUUACGCAGUGUGCAUAAAAACCACAGAAAUGACGAAAGAAGAGCUUCAGAACGAAAAUGAUGACAUGCUUAUCGAUGGACAAGAACCUGAAGCACCUGGGCAAAAGCAGGGAAGUCAUGAUCCUGGCGAGUUCAAUCCCGAUCACCUUAAAUUAUUUUACGGAAAGCUAUUUCCUUGUGCUGAUUUUUUCAGAUGGAUGUCUUACGGAAAUGAUGGGAAGCAUCCCGGUUGCGAUCCCUCUUACAUCAGCCGGAGGGAAUUUUCAUUUACACUUGACAACGACAUAUUUCUACGAUUCCAAUCUUUCCACAACGCCGUAGAGCUUGAAAAUUCCAUCAGAGAAAAAUGCCCAUUUAAGAUUGAUAUCGGACCUGUGUACAGCGUGGAGCCCACAAAAAGGCAUGCCUAUGCUCAAAGUGGUGAUAAUGUUUUCGCUCCAGUUGAGAGAGAGCUAAUUUUCGAUAUUGAUAUGACAGAUUACGAUGAUGUUAGAUACUGCUGCACUGGUGCUGAUGUUUGCUUGGAUUGCUGGCCAUUGAUGACUAUAGCUAUUAAAGUGAUUGAUACCGCCUUAAGAGAUGAUUUUGGCUUUAAACACAUUCUGUGGGUUUAUAGUGGCCGCCGAGGUGUUCAUUGUUGGGUCUGUGAUGGGAAGGCAAGAAGGCUGACUAAUGAGCAGAGAGCAGCUAUUGCUGACUAUUUUCGUGUCUAUAAGGGAAAUGAGAAUAGUCAUAAGAAGGUUUCAUUAACAGGCCAUGCUCUUCAUCCUUUCCUGGUGAGAGCAUACACUGAAGUUCUUAAAGAUUUUUUUGAGAAAGGACUACUAAUAAGUCAAGAUUUACUUUCUACCGAAGAGAGAUAUGAGAUGAUCCUAGAUUUGAUUCCAGAUGCAGCUAUUGCUUCUGAACUUAGGGGUAGAUGGCAAGAUAACAGGCGGUCUUCAAGUGCAAAAGAAGACAUUAAUGUUGUUCGAUGGGAACAGCUCAAACACUUGCUGUCAAAGAAUAAGGCACUAGGACUGCGAAGGUGUGUUGAAGAGAUUGUGUUCUCCUUUACUUACCCAAGGCUAGAUAUGGAGGUUUCGAAGCACAUGAACCACUUGCUUAAAGCUCCAUUCUGUGUGCACCCAAAAACAGGCCGCAUAUGUGUACCUAUCGAUCCAAAUCACUGUGAGCAGUUUAAUCCUACCACAGUACCUACUCUUUCACAGCUUUUAGAAGAACUUAACGAAAGAGGUCCAAGAGAUGAUUUAGAUGAUGAAUGGACUGGAACUUCACUUGAGGGUGCCGUCAGCCUUUUCAGAACGUCAUUCUUACAGCCUCUACUAAAAGCUUGCAAGGAGGAGAUAGAAAGUUCUUACAGUGCAAAAUUGCAGCAGUCGAAAAACUCCUUUAGCUGGUAAUGACCCUUUGUCAAGUAGCUUUGGGAGGUGCAACUGAUGGGACAGGACAGCUG